AUGAACCUGCCUUUGUUCUUGUCAAUGUUCAUUUUCACCGCCUUCCGAGCACUCUCGGAAGAAGCCUCAAGACCUUCUGUAGUGAAAGUUGGAGCCAUUUUCACAUCAAAGUCGAUAAAUGGAAGAGUCUCAAAGGUUGCCAUUGAGGCUGCCGAGCAGGAUGUGAACUCAGAUAUGAGCGUUCUUGGUGGGACUAAAUUGUCUGUGACUUUUCAUGAUUCUAACUAUAGUGGAUUUCUUGGCAUCCUUGGGGCAUUGACAUUUAUGGGGUCUGAUACGGUAGCUAUAAUUGGUCCACAAAAUGCUGUAAUGGCACAUGCACUUUCACACCUUGCAAAUGAGCUACAUGUCCCAUUAUUGUCGUUCACUGCUUUGGAUCCCACCCUAGCAUCUCUGCAGUACCCGUUUUUCCUUCAAACGGCACCUAAUGACCAUUUCCAAAUGACUGCCAUAGCAGACAUGGUUAGUUAUUUUGGUUGGUCCAAGGUAGUCGCCCUAUUCUCCGACGAUGAUCAGAGCCGAAAUGGAGUGACAGCAUUAGCUGACAAGCUCGUAGAGAGGCGCUGCAAAAUCUCUUACAAGGCAGCCCUUCCACCGGACCCCAGAGCAACUCCAAACGACGUCGCGGAACAGUUAUCGAAGAUUCGAAUGAGGGAAUGUCGGGUGAUCGUUCUCCUCACAUACUCCGCAACUGGUCUCUUGGUUUUCGAUGUUGCCAAGGAGCUUGGAAUGAUGGAGAGAGGCUAUGUUUGGAUAGCUUCCACUUGGCUAUCCACUGUUUUGGACUCGAAUUCUCCUCUCUCUCCAAGGAUUGCCAACUCCAUCCAAGGAGCUCUAACACUUCGUCCACACACCCCUGAUUCAGAGAGGAAAAGGGCUUUCGUUGCCAGGUGGGACCAGUUGAGCAAUGGCACUGUUGGGCUGAACCCAUAUGGCUUAUAUGCCUAUGACACAGUUUGGUUAAUAGCUAGAGCAUUGAAAAGGCUUUUGGAUCAAGGAGGGAAAAUUUCAUUCUCCAAUAACACUAGUUUCACUGGUGUUCAAGGAGGGACUAUAAAUCUUGGUGCGUUAAGAAGAUUUGACGGUGGAAAGCAGCUUCUCAGUAACAUACUAGAAACCAAUAUGAUAGGUCUUACCGGUCCAAUAGGAUUCCCAGACAGAUCAGCAUUGAGGCCCGCUUUCGAAAUCAUUAAUGUGAUUGGUAAUGGGGAGUUUAAGCAGAUUGGAUAUUGGUCUAACUAUUCUGGUCUUUCUGUUGUGCCCCCAGAGGUACUUUACAUAAAGGAGCCCGUCAGGUCCAUUGCAAACCAGCAUUUGGACACUGUGGUGUGGCCUGGAGGAACGACAAUCACGCCCCGCGGAUGGGUUUUCCGUGACAAUGGGAGGCAGUUGCUAAUAGGAGUCCCGAACCGAGUUAGUUACAAGAACUUUGUGUCACAAGUAAAUGGUACAAAUAUAGUCCAAGGAUAUUGUAUUGAUGUGUUCCUUGCAGCUAUAAAGUUGCUUCCUUAUACAGUUCCUUAUAGGUUCCUUCUGUUCGGAGAUGGUCAUAAGAAUCCAAGCUAUACUGAGCUAGUAAACAAAAUUACAAUAGGUGAAUUUGAUGCUGUUGUGGGGGACAUUACAAUCGUCACAAACCGAACAAAGAUUGUGGAUUUCACUCAGCCUUAUAUAGAGUCGGGGCUAGUUGUGGUGACACCAGUCAAGAAAUUGAACUCAAUUGCUUGGGCAUUUUUGAGACCAUUUACACCAUUGACGUGGGCUAUUAUUGCAAGUUUUUUCCUCUUUGUUGGGACAGUUGUUUGGAUUCUUGAACAUAGAGUAAAUGAUGAGUUCCGCGGACCACCUAGGCAACAAAUCAUUACAAUUCUAUGGUUUAGCUUUUCUACUAUGUUCUUUGCACAUAGAGAAAAUACAAUGAGCACGCUAGGAAAAAUGGUAAUGCUCAUUUGGCUUUUCGUCGUUCUGAUACUAACCUCGAGCUACACAGCCAGCCUAACAUCAAUCCUCACAAUACGGCAUCUAUCAUCACCCAUCACUGGAAUUGACACCUUGAUAACGAGCAAUGAACCAAUAGGAUUCCAAGUAGGUUCGUUCGCCGAAAACUACUUGAGUAAAGAACUUGACAUUCCACAAUUCAGACUCGUUGCUCUUGGUUCACCAAAUGAAUAUGCCAAGGCCCUUGAGAAUGGAACUGUUGCUGCUGUGGUCGACGAACGGCCAUACAUAGAACUCUUCCUUUCAGAUCAUUGCAUGUUUGCGGUUAGAGGCCAAGAAUUCACCAAAAGUGGGUGGGGAUUUGCAUUUCCAAAAGGCUCUCCUAUAGCCGUUGACAUGUCAACUGCCAUUCUCAAUCUAUCCGAGAACGGUGAGCUUCAGAGGAUUCAUAACAGAUGGUUGUCAAAAAAGGGUUGUGCUUUACACGGCUCUGAUAUCCAAUCAGAGCAGCUUCCAUUAGAGAGCUUUUGGGGGCUAUUUGUCAUCUGUGCCAUUGUAUGUCUUGUUUCUCUAAUUAUAUACUUUUGGAAGAUGAUACACGAAUUCAGCAAGCAUUUCCCUCGAGUCUCCGAGCCUUCUGAACAUGCCAGUUCUCGCUCUGAGCGCAUCUUGAACUUUUUGGCUUUCAUUGAUGAGAAGGAAGAUGAAUCAAGAAAAAGGUUAAAAAGAAAAAGGAAUGAAAUGUUAUCAAAUGGUAACGGGAUACAAGAUGAGUUAAGAACCAAGGGAACAGAAAUAUUGGAUGUUCCUAACGGGAGACACAACGGUGAAACUAGGCUUCGUUAGUUAUUAAAGUCCCCUAAACCUUAUACCUACUGUUUGCUUUCUACGAGAUAUACCAUCUCACCGUUCAUAAAAAAGAGAGGGAGAUCUUUGUUUUUUUUUUUCACUCCUAUAAGGUGAUGGUGUAUUUGCGGUGUUAACUGAACUGGUGGUAAUCCGUGAAUGGUGCUCAAUACAGAUGUAAAAAACAGUUGAAAUGUAUGAUAUUUACCUCCCUUAUUACGAAAGUACACGUUGUUACAUGUGGAUUUUUCCUUUUACUUGUGUUGGAAGCAAAGUGUCUUGUUUAUAUUGCUUGUACACUCCUCUAUUACUUGCCCACCAGGUUUGCUUUGGAAGUUGAAUAUUGAUCAUUAUUGAGUUUG